GAACCAUUCCUCCGACGGACUCUACAAGCUUCUGCCGCGCGUAGACCUGUGGGGAAUCCUCCUUGUUGUGUUACGCGACCGCGAGAGCAAGGAUAUAGACAUUUAUAUUUAUAUAUAUCGGGAAGUGCCCAGCGCGAAUCCACUGCCAUUGGCUUGAAUUUAACGAUGUUUUACAGCCGAGCUGUAUGGUGGAGGCACGGAUUUUAAAUGCGGCGGAAUGGUACGAGCUACAGAAAAAGUGCUUUUUCUCGCUCGUGUCGAUAGCGUGGCGACACCUGGACUCGACAAUACACGGUGAGGAGUGUUCCUCAACUCGUGUAAUUGUUGAAGAAACGUCUUUUUUUUCUUGCCUCGGUGUCCCAGCAGUUUCCCAACAGUUUGGGCGCAGUCACGCCGGGAGGAGGUACAGCGCGACGGCCGCCUCGCUCCGGCUGGUUCCGUUUCUCGGACCUUAAGGCCUGCUCGUCGAAGGGACAAUGCUUGACAUAAUGUCCGAGCACCAAGAUUCGCUUUUGACGUGCAAAACUGAACCUUUGCCCCCAGAGAGGAAAAGGAGGACUGUGGAGGACUUCAACAAGUUCUGCAGUUUUGUCCUGGCUUAUGCUGGUUACAUCCCAAGUCCCAAAGAGGAAAGCUCGUGGUCCCCGACGUCAUCCAGCUCCGCCCACAGUUCGUCGGCGGAUGGCGGCGGCGUGAGCAGCACAUGGGCGGACGGCGGCCCCGACAUCCACACCAUCCACACGUUUGUCCACAAAGCCCGCGCCAACAAGAGCAAAAGCGUCCACCCCGAUAGCACUUUGCUGGACAAGAUGCGCCUGAAGGACUCGCUGUACGAGAGCCAGGUGCCCAGCGCCAAGGCCGAGCGCAAAAAGGACAAAAAGCUCAAGAGGCUGUCGCUGGCGGCGGCUGAAAGCGGCAGUAGCGAGGGCGAGAAACGGGCGCGCAUCAAGCGCAGCAAAAACUCCAAGCAGCCCAAAGCCAAGAAGCUCAAAAGCUCGCCGCCGCCGACGCACAGCGACUCGGAGGAUCCCAUGGCUCCAAUAAUCCUGAAUAUGCUUCAUAUAAAAAUCUACCCUAUUGUUCCUGGAUCGCAGGAAAGCUCGUGGUCCCCGACGUCAUCCAGCUCCGCCCACAGUUCGUCGGCGGAUGGCGGCGGCGUGAGCAGCACAUGGGCGGACGGCGGCCCCGACAUCCACACCAUCCACACGUUUGUCCACAAAGCCCGCGCCAACAAGAGCAAAAGCGUCCACCCCGAUAGCACUUUGCUGGACAAGAUGCGCCUGAAGGACUCGCUGUACGAGAGCCAGGUGCCCAGCGCCAAGGCCGAGCGCAAAAAGGACAAAAAGCUCAAGAGGCUGUCGCUGGCGGCGGCUGAAAGCGGCAGUAGCGAGGGCGAGAAACGGGCGCGCAUCAAGCGCAGCAAAAACUCCAAGCAGCCCAAAGCCAAGAAGCUCAAAAGCUCGCCGCCGCCGACGCACAGCGACUCGGAGGAGUGGCGGCCGCUCCGCGGGGGCCCCUCGCCGCACGCCGCCCACGACAAAACGCCGCCCCACGAGUCCGUCAGGGACGCCGAGAUGAGCUCCAGCGAGGGCGAGACCUGGAUCGCCGACGAAGACAUCAUGGUGGAGUCAGGCGACGAUUCAUGGGACCUGAUCACGUGCUACUGCGGCAAACCCUUCGCCGGGCGGCCGAUGAUCGAGUGCAACCAAUGCGCCAUCUGGGUGCACUUGUCCUGUGUCAAAAUCAAGAAGUCCAACGUGCCCGACAUCUUCUACUGCCACAAGUGCAUGCACUCCAGGCGCUCGGGACACAAAAAAGACACUUAAACAAAGUAACAGCAAAAGAAAGUUCUCGCUUUAUUGCCCUCCUGCCCCUGCCUAAAGCCAAAACAGACGAACAUUUAGCCACAGAUUUAACCAGUCAGAAGAUUUCUGUUGACAAUCAGGGUUUUUUUUUUGUUUGUUUUUGUCCAAUGCACAGUCCAAGUUUAAUAUUUUUUUCCCACCUUUUUGUGGCCUCCUAUAAAAUAUCAUUGAAUUAUAAUUUUCCACCAGAAAAUGUCUAUCCAUUUAUUUUUUUGGGGGGGGGGGGGGGAGGGUAGUUGUCAGUGGUAAGGACAUGCCAUUUGUAAAUGAAAGGAACACGACAGCAAAAUCUGGCGAAUUAUAAGAAAAGUAACAUUUGAGUUUUAGCAAUUGAUCAAGUCCCCUAUUUGGAAUGCCGCCACUUUUUAAGUGAUAUGGAUUGCUACAAUUGACUUUUCAGGGUUUAAAGGAAGAUUUGUGGCAAAAUAUUUUUGGGUGACAGCACGCAAGACAUUGUAAGCAAUUGCACUUUUUGGAAUGGAGGUCGGGUGAAAUAUGUUCACGACGUGCGCUUAGCAAUGCCAAUUAUUGCCCUCCCCCCUUUGCAAACAAGAGCGCAUCUGUUUGUUUUUUUUCCUCCCUGUUGGAGAACGUGUUGGAUGUUUUUGGCGGGUUUUUUUUUGGCUUCUCAAGGUGGAGGGGGCGGCAGGGCUGUACAUAUCCUCUUUGACAACUGUACAUAUGUGAAAGACAAUGCAAAAAUCUAUUUUCUGCAGUCCAAUAUUGUUUUCUUUAAUUGUAGUUUAAGAAAAUAAAAGUCUUUGGGAACAUGA